AUGAGUGCGUCCGCAUUUGGCGAAUCGUAUGAUCAAUCAGGCGAUAUUGGAACUUUAGUAGCGGGCCAUCGUCAGCAAGAAAAUGUAUGGGGAUCAUUUCCACCUGUAACAACAUCUCCGCUGCCAGCAUUCAAUGGUAGCAAUAAUCCAAAUCGACAACAAUGGUCUAGCUCAGCACCACAAUCUCCACAGAUACUCUUGGGGCAACAAGAUGGUGGUGUGUUCUUUGAUCAUGUAUUUAGUGGAAACAUAACACAACACCAGCAACUACCGUCGUCACAAAAUCAUUGGGAUUCACCCGAUAUUGGGCGUAAGUCGCCGCAAUCGUCAUCACAACAUUGUUGGCCAACAUUAAUGCCACAACAGCAUUCAUCGAUUGCUCAAUAUCACGACAGCGAAACAAAUUAUCUUAAAGCUCAACCACAUUUAGAUUUUUCUUCUCAGACACAACAAUAUUCCUACCCUCAACAACUACCAUACAAUCAUUCAAAUAAUGAAACUUUAUCUCAUAUCAAUCGCAAUGUAGCUUAUCCACCUGAUAGUACCUUUACACCCACGACGUCUGAUGAUGGCAGUAUAAAUAAUUUUCCAUUAUUAUCUAAUGGAUUAACUCAACAGCAACAAGCUGAUUUAUAUUUGCAAGCGUAUUUCUCAGCACAACAAGUAUUGAAAGGACGACAACCACAGCAUCAACAACAACAAAUGGAUAUCAUAGGUCAAUUAGAAAGACUUCAUUUAACACCUCAAUCACCGCUUCAACAGUCGUUAGAUCCAUCCGUUUAUGGUCAAACACAAUUUUCAUUUGAUCCUCGCACACAAUCACCAUCACAAUCUACAAUGUUCCGUUCUCCAUUACCAUCCCUUCCAACAUUUGCCGCUACUCCACAACGCUAUCAAUUCCCAUCACAACUGGUUGGUUCACGUUUCGAUAAUGCAAAUUAUCGUACGACAAAAAGCGGAAAACAACAUAUUGGACCAGAUGGUUCAAAUUUGUUUAUAUGUCAUUUACCACAAGACUACACUGAUAUUCAAUUAAACCAAAUGUUUUCACAAUUUGGUCAUGUAUUAUCAGCAAAAGUAUUUGUUGAUAAAAAAACAAAUCAGUCGAAGUGUUUUGGUUUUGUUAGCUACGAUAAUCCAAAUUCAGCGUUUACUGCUAUUACACGAAUGGAUGGCUACAGUAUUGGUUCAAAGCGUUUAAAAGUCGAAUUAAAAAAAGCAAGGAGAAAUUCAUAA